UGCCAGCUUACAGUAGCGCAGCGCGUUCUUAAACCAUAGAGUUUAUUACGAAAUAUAUAUUAUUAUUACGUGCUUGUGUUUAUAAUCAAACUGAAUUUGGAACUUUACUAGUACAUAGAGGAAAAGUCAUGGGGUAACAUCAAAGAUGGAAUUAGAAGAUAGUAUUUGGAACGGCACGAACGUGACCUCAUAUGAUGUUGUGGAUUCGAACCAGGAAUCCUGGAAUAUAAUAGUACCGCUGACUGUCAUCUACUCGAUCAUCUUUGUGGCUGGUAUACUAGGAAAUAUCAGUACUUGCGUGGUCAUCGCAAGAAAUCGUUCCAUGCACACAGCUACAAACUUCUACUUAUUUAGCCUCGCCUUAUCCGAUCUUCUCCUAUUAAUCUGUGGACUUCCUAUAGAGUUAUAUCGCCUGUGGGAUCCCAACACUUAUCCUCUUGGUGAGCCACUUUGCUUAUCAAUGGGCCUUAUAUCUGAGACCUCUGCCAAUGCAACAGUGCUUACAAUAACAGCGUUUACGGUGGAACGAUACAUUGCAAUAUGUAGGCCGUUUAUGUCACAUACUAUGUCAAAGUCAUCGAGGGCUGUACGCUAUAUUUUCGUUAUAUGGGUGUUUGCAGUCUGCACAGCUGUUCCACAAGCGAUACAGUUUGGAAUAGUGACUUUUAACGAGAAUGGACGCGAUAUAAGUGUUUGUACUGUGAAAGGACACGGUGUUCAUGAAGUGUUUGUUAUAUCUAGUUUUGUGUUCUUUGUAGCUCCAAUGUCAUUGAUAACUGUGUUGUACGCUUUGAUUGCUGUUAAGUUGAAUACCUCGAGUGUUUUACAUCCAGUUAAGAAAACAUCAGUCGAGAGUCAUGAGAGGAAUGGUUCUUCGCGUUACAGAAAUGGAGCAUCUCAGCGAAGAGUUAUUAGAAUGUUAGUGGCUGUGGCGUUGUCUUUUUUCCUGUGCUGGGCGCCGUUUCACGUUCAACGAAUCCUUGCCAUUUAUGGUAAAAACUUGGAACACCCCAGUGCUACAUUUUAUAUGGUGUACAUUGUGCUCACGUACCUGUCAGGAGUCUUCUAUUUCCUGUCAACUGCUAUUAAUCCUAUACUCUACAAUAUUAUGUCAAACAAGUUCCGAAAUGCUUUCAAGUUGACCCUGGCGGUAUGGUGCAGUCGAAGUGACGUCCCACGCUUAGGCCGAACCUACAGUGCGCUUUUGGCAUCGCGGCAGCGAGCUGCAGCCACCCAGAGGUUAAAAUCACAUCCGAAAUUAUUACGCCGGCUCUCCACAGCAACGACACAUAUCUGUGAACCGCCUUCGAGAUCACAGCGAAGAAAUCUCUCCAUCGUGAACGAAUCACCAAAUGGGACAUGGGUGUGGCAACAACCACGCAACGAAGUAUCCGAUUCAUACACGUCACCUCGAAGUAUAUCCAACUCAAGCCUUCAUGAAUUCGACCAAGAGCUAAGCGGGGAGGAACUAGCCACUUACAUGUAUCAAGUUAAUUGUAAUAUUGGGGGAUUAACCUGAGACACGUGCGUUUAGACUCCGGGUCUAAACUACCGAAUUGGACAUGAAUUAUGGGCUCUUGACCCUUACUAGUAUAUCUGUGAUAUGUAUAUACGAGUGAAUGUGAAUCUUUGAAUUGAAAAGGUAUCGAAAUGUGUUUUUAUGAAAAUUUAAAUAAAGACUAGGAUUUAGAGAUAAGUCUAAGCGUGGAGUAUAUUAGGAUUUAGUAGAAUUUCUUAAAAUUUAUUUUGUGUAGGUAUGUCCCACAAAAACAAUUUAUUUAAAGAUAUUAUUGUUUUCAAGAUUGAAAUUAGUGGCGGACAAGUGGUUACAGCUUGUGAAUCUUAUCCCUAUGGUCAUAGGUUCAAACCAAUGGACUCAAUCAAUCAAAUCAAUCAAAAAUCAUUUAAUCAUACAGGUAACAUAAUGUACACUUAUGAACGUCAAAAAAAAGAAAUAUACAUUAAAUGCUUCUAAUUUUACAUUAACUGCCAGUUCUCCAAUCAAGGGCGUAGAACGGAAGAGAAGAACUGGCAAUAAACUCUCCGUCUAUGUGUGCAUUUGACCCUCAUUGGUACUGUACAUGGAAACAUCGUGAGGAAACCUUAGCCUUAACCCAAGUCAACGGUAUAUGUCGGAAAUACGGCUGUUAGACUUGCCUAUAAGAAAAAACAAAUUAUGCCCAAACCUUAAAGG